UGAAAGGUAAGAAACUUCCAGUCAGGACGAAUGUAGGGGGGACAACUGUGCCUGAAAACGAGAAGAAGAAGACGCUACGUGCCUGAAGGACCUUAAAGAGUUUCGGGAUAUGUUGUCACUCUUUGCCAAGUCCGCUCUCUCAACAUACAGGGGAUCCGGGCCCUGCAGCCAAACAGUCAUCCGGGCCAUGUCGUCGUCCGGCGGUACCACCGCCCCGUACACCACCCUGGCCAUCAGCCGUCCAGCACAGGCGGUCACACAUGUGGAACUCCACCGUCCCAACAAGCGCAAUGCCAUGAAUAAAGCUUUCUGGAGUGAGAUGGUGGACUGUUUUAACGAGAUCUCGGGUGACCCGGACUGCAGAGUGGUGGUGGUCUCUGCCGCAGGGAAGGUCUUCACAGCAGGAAUUGAUCUGGUGGACAUGGCUGCUGACGUGCUGCAGCCCGACGGCGACGACACGGCCCGAAUUUCUUGGAACCUCAGAAAGACCAUCAGCAAGUAUCAGGACACGUUCUCAGUCAUCGAGACGUGUCCAAAGCCAGUCGUGGUAGCUGUCCAUGGAGCCUGUGUGGGAGGAGGUGUGGACCUGAUUACCGCCUGUGACAUCCGCCUAUGCACCCAGGAUGCCUGGUUCCAAGUCAAGCCUGGUGAACGAGCUGGCUCUGACGGCGCGGAAGAUGUACGCCGACGAGGCCCUGAACAGCGGACUUGUCAGCCGAGUGUUUGCAGACAAGGAGGCCAUGAUGGCAGGCGCGCUGGAGAUGGCCGGGGAGGUGGCCGCCCGCAGCCCUGUGGCCGUGCAGGGCACCAAAGUCAACUUGAUCUACUCCCGAGACCACAGUGUAGCGGAGGGACUCAACUACAUGGCUACGUGGAACAUGAGCAUGCUUCAGACUCAAGAUGUGAUGAAAUCCGCUCAGGCCUCCAUGGAAAAGAAGAGUAUCAAAAGUGUAACGUUCUCCAAACUCUGAACAGAGCUCAGUACAUCCACCGAACAAGCUCUUCUUUUCGGAACAGUAUUUCUCAAACUAGGGUCUCCGGACUGGCUUUAAAGGGGUGUCCAAAGAGCCAACAUCAUUACUAAACUAAAAAAAAAAAUAAUAAUGUGUGCAUCUCAUGAAUCAUGUGACUUGGUGCUCAUUUUCUUUAACCAGUUUGUAAAUGUUGCAUAAUUAAGCUGAAAAGUGCACUUCUGGCAAACGACAGCCAAAUUCAGUGGCCUGACUUUGCAAUCGAGUCUAUAUUUAUCAUUGUAAAAUACAUAUGUACAUGAAUGUUUAUAUUAAUCUCUUAAACGCUUCUGAAAGUUCA